UGUGGCGCUUUUGGUUCCAUGGCGUCUGUUCUGGAAGAUCCAGCACUGCAGCAUCAUUUCAGAGGACAUAAAGAUGCUGUCACGUCCAUCAACUUUAGUCCAGACAACAAACAACUUGCAACAUCUGCAGCAGAUACAUUUGUUAUGAUCUGGAACUUCAAGCCUCAAUCACGUGCCUACAGGUUUAUUGGACACAAGGAAGCAGUGCUGAGUGUGCACAAAGGUGAAUCGACCAUAUUUAAGGCCCAUACAGCCUGUGUGCGAAGCGUUGACUUCUCAAGUGAUGGUCAAACCAUAAUUACUGCAUCUGAUGACAAGUCAAUCAAAGCGUGGAAUGUACAUCACCAGCGUUUCCUUUUCUCGCUUAGCCAGCAUACGAACUGGGUGAGAUGUGCCAAAUUUUCCCCAGAUGGAAGACUAAUCACCUCAUGCAGUGAUGACAAGACUGUGCGGAUCUGGGACACCACAAACAGAGUUUGCAUUAACACUUUCAUGGAUUACAAAGGACAUUCCAAUUAUGUAAACUUUAACCCAUCCGGAACUUGUGUAGCUUCUGCUGGUGCCGACAGUACAGUGAAAGUAUGGGAUAUUCGAAUGAACAAAUUGCUGCAGCAUUAUCAAGUUCACAGUGCAGGCGUCAACUGUUUGUCGUUUCACCCAUCUGGCAACUACUUACUCUCUGCAUCUAAUGAUGGCACUGUGAAGGUGCUUGAUCUUCUGGAAGGAAGACUCCUAUACACACUUCAUGGGCACCAGGGGCCUGUUUUGUCAGUGGCUUUCUCUAGAGGAGGAGAAAAGUUUGCCUCUGGGGGAACAGAUGCUCAGGUGUUGGUGUGGAGGACAAAUUUUGACAAGUUUGACAAUAAGGAAAUUGUGAAACUGCAACAGAAAAGGCUGUGUCCUAAAGUACCGCCUCAUUUAAAUGACAUUUAUCCCCGGUCUUCACACUUCCAUACAAGCAAUGGUCAUUCCAUUCAGAUUAAUCCAGUGUUUGAAGUAGCAGAUACACAAACCUUCCAUCCUGCAAUUAUCGAUGUAAAGAACAAAUCCUCUUCCAAACAGCAGGAACAAGAUUGGAACAAUCAUCCAAGAAGUGAAGCCGUGCCUCAUAUGCCUUUAUCAUUACCAAGUGCCAGCAUGAAGAAACAAGGCCACACAGUAAGGCCUCUGACAGAUGAACAAUUAGUUCCCCACCCUUCACUGACUAGCACUUUGGAGCACAUACUAGAUCAACUAAAUGUGUUGACUCAGACUGUUUCCAUCUUGGAGCAUCGACUGACUCUGACAGAAGAUAAACUGAAAGAAUGCCUAGAAAAUCAGCAGAAAAUCCCAUCAGAAGUUUCAGACACUGAGUGAAGUAGAUCAAAUUGCUCAUCACA